CCCGUCCAUCUCUAGUUCGCACGGGAGCCCCGACCAAACUGAUACGUAUUAAUUUACGAGAAAAACUUGUGUUUAAUUUGAAGUCACAUCAUAUCGCAGGCUGGAACGGACCUGCUGCUAAGUUAGAGACUGAAUACUGAACGGAAAGCGUGCACGAAAGCUACUUCAUCAUGAGCACAACCACCGACCAACCACCGCGCUCCGAGGGCGCCGAGACCAACAGCUCCGAGAGAUCCUCACAGCAGCAGGAGCAAACGCAGCAAUCUCAAUCACAGAACGUACCGGCCAAGCUCCUGCAGCAUUUCCAGACAAAUCGCAUCGAUUCCGCGCUAUGGGCACUACGUCUGCUGGUCAUCUUCUUCACCGUCAGCUACGUGCUGCCCAUCUUUACCUCACAACAGAGCGCAUUCAGCAAGGUUAUGCUGGCUAAUGCCGCCAUCUCUGCCUUGCGUUUGCACCAGAGAUUGCCCACGUUCGCGUUCAGUCGGGAGUUCCUUGCUCGACUGUUUGCCGAGGACUCGUGUCACUACAUGAUGUACUCCCUGAUCUUCUUCAACAUCCGCCCAUCGCUGUUGGUUCUGAUUCCCGUGCUGCUGUACUCUGUUCUGCACGCCUCAAGCUACUCGCUUAAGCUGCUGGAUCUGAUUGGCCAGAACUCAUGGUGGGGUGCCCGUUUCAUCAUCUCCAUUGUGGAGUUCCAGGCGGCGAAUAUCUUGAAGGCAACUGCAUUCUGCGAGAUCUUCAUCAUGCCUUAUGCCAUUGUGCUGGCCUUCAUGAGCCACGCUGGACUGAUGACGCCCGUUAUUUACUACCACUAUCUGGUGAUGCGCUACAGCUCGCGACGAAAUCCCUAUCCGCGCAACGCUUUCGCUGAGCUGCGUAUAACCUUCGAGGCGCUGGCCGCCCGCUCACCACCGGCUCUUGCCAAGAUCAUCCGUGGAGGCAUUGGGUUCGUCAACCGCUUGGCGCCGCAGCUACAGCCGGCUGCAGCGCAAGAGUAGACACGACCAGCAGCUAGCGGAAAACAACAAUCAGAUGACAUAUGAAUAAGUCUAUUUAAAUACCAGUUCACUUGCAUAGAUGUUCACACAGGAGAUUGGGGUUCAUCCGUUUUAUUUGUUAGCCGAAAUUCGUUGCACCUUUUUGAAGCGAAACUAGUUGUUUUACACCAGAUUGUUUCGGCAUUUAAGUUUAAAUUUAUCUAUAUAUUAUUGUAGUUUUUUGAGUA